UGAGAUAGGGUACUUGUGUGUGUGAGAAAAAGAAGGCUUGUAGAGAGAGAGAGAGAAAGUGUAGAGAGAGAAAGCGAAUCAUAUAAUCAAUCUAUCUCUCUGGAACGAAAAGGAAAUAUCAAUUUUGAUUUGAAUACUCUGUUUACAGAAUCCGCCGGAGUAGGUUUCUCUGUCUGAAUAAUAUUCCGGCGACUGUUAGUUAGCUUUCCGGCUAUUGUUAGGUAUCCAACGACUGAUAACGGAUAGAGUUAGGCUUCCGGCGAGUUAUGUUAGAACAAAGCCGGUGAUGAUACAUACAACUGCAGUUGUAGAUCUGACGGUAAAUAGAUUUAGAAACGUGAUUAAUGGAUAGAAAUAGAGAAGGAAGGCGAGGUACUAAUAUGGCCGCACCUCCGAACGGUUUAUCUUCCUCACGGCGGAGACACCGAAGCAGCAGUUUACGAGAUUCACCUGAUGAAGACGGAGCGGUGGAGAUGCAGGAACCAGGUAGGUUACGAGACAGAGGUAUGGUGAAGAAAGAUAAUAAUCGAGAACGAGAUCGGGAUCGAGAACGGGAGCGGUCGAGUCGGAGUAAAAGAAGGAGAGAGAAUAGGAUGAUGAUUCAUCAUACAACUACGGGGAGUAAUAGAGACGAUACGACGUCGGAGAGUGUGAAUGAAGAGGAAGAAGAGGAUGAUGACGCCGGAAAUGGUGGCGGUUUGCGGAUGUUGCAUCCGCCGUCAGUUUCGACUAGUAAUCAUCAUAAUCAUAAUUCUUCUUCUUCUUCUCAUACUCAACAGAUUCAUCACCGGAAGAGUUUUCCUCCAUCGGCUAAUAAAGUGCUCAGAGCUGCUCCUCCGGCGGCACCGCCGGCUUGGAAGGCUGCCGACGAAAUGAUUGGUGUAUCGGUGCCGAGAAAAGCUCGGUCAGCAUCUGCAAAGCGGUCUCACGAUCAAAUUCACCGGCAAUCUUCGGAUUCACCUGUACGGCUGGCUUCACCUGCGCCGGCGGCUCCUCCUUCACCUUCAUCAUCCAACGUGUCAGUUAGAAAAAAGAUGAAAGCGAAUGGAGGAGGAUCGAAACCGAGACCACCAAAAUCGUCAUCAAAGUCGUCAUCUUCUAAUCCUGAGGAGCUUGAAAUCGAGAUAGCUGAGGUUUUAUAUGGUCUCAUGACUCAGUCACAAGCUCCAUCUAAGAAAGAAAUCCCAUCUAACGAUUCAUCAAUGAAAUUCGAUUCAAAUAAGUCAAGUAGUGACACCAAAUCUAGAGUUUCUUCUCCUAUCUCAAACUCAACAGCUCUACCGCAAAAUUCAACGUCUUUGUCAACUGUUGCACCAAAGAGGAAGAGACCACGGCAAGUAUCAGACAAUCCGGUUUCUUCUUCGAUAAAAACCGAGAUUGAACAUCAUCAGCGUCUCCAGUCUCCCAAGACAGAUAUUUCUUCUCCUUAUUUGGAAAACAAUAGCCCAGAUUCUGCUGCUGCUGGUGGUGGUGAGAAUGGUGUUUCUUCCUUUGGUUUCACCACUUUGCCCGGUCAAAAGGUAACGUCUCUAUCAUCGGAGCCAUCGGUGGCGGCGCCACAGCCGCCGGCGGCAGAAGAGGAGAGGAAAUGUGGUGUGGGUGCAGUGUUGACUAAAGAAGAGGUUGAGAAGGAAUCUCAUAUGGUCAAAUUAAAUGAUGGAAAUAGUAAAAUUGAAGCUGUGAUUACGACAGCUGCAUCUACUACAGUUAUCAAUCUAAAAAUAGCUAAUCCGGAGACUCAAAGUCAAAAGGAUGAAAAGUUUGAAAUAGAUCUGAUGGCUCCACCUCCUCAACAAAGAACAUCUCAUGGAAGUGAUGGUGUCGACAAUGAUUUUUCUGAUCACAGGCAGAUGGCAACCCAGGAAACAAGCAAAAGUAAGGAAGAUGACAAGCUCAGGAAGAGUGACACCGAGGAGCAGAAGCCGGGGAGAAUUCAAGAAUCCGGAGAAUCAUUAAAGCAAGCCGUUAAUGAAGACAUUAAUAUCCAACUCAAUAUCGAUAUGGAAAAACCCAAUAAGGGUUGUGCCGGCAUGGUAAGUGGUAGCAGCAACAGAUCGCUACAACAAGUUCUUCUUAAACAUCAGCAUUUAUCAGCUAAAUCUGAAACCCACACAGAGAAGACAGCUCAAUCCAGUUCUCUACCAAUGUCUAUGUCGGUGACGAACUGGCCUCAAAUGGGGUAUGUUGCGCCUUUGCAGGGGGUCAUAUCCAUGGAUGGGAACACAAUGGCUUCGGCACCAAUUCAGCCGCUAUUUACAAAUCCACGGCCAAAAAGGUGUGCGACACACUGCUACAUUGCAAGGAACAUUCAUUGCAAUCAGCAAUUCAUGAAGAUGAACCCAUUUUGGCCAGCUGCAUCGGGAUCUGCCGCCCCUAUGUUUGGAGCCAAACCUUGCAAUCUAAAUGUCAUGCCUUCUACUGAGCUACAUGCAAACAUUCCACAGUCCAUGCAAGACAAGGGUCAGGCUGUCGGCAUCUUCCCAGGUUACACCACCGGAAAAGACACCAAGUCUUCCCAACCCGCAACCAUCACUGACCCUGCCCAGAGAAAACAAGUUUUGCUUCAGCAAGCAAUGCCGCCAGUCGCUCCCAACAAUGUACUUCAUGGGCCUGCUUUCAUCUUCCCCUUUAACCAGCAACAGGCAGUGGCGGCCUCUGCUUCUGUGCGACCCGGCUCUUCUAAGCUUACAACCAGCACAGCAGCAGGUGGUUUGGGUGCUGCUUCAGGUGCAGCCAAUUCAGCUACAGUGAGUUCCUCGACUACAGCAACUGCCCCUGCAUUGAGCUUUAAUUACCCGAAUAUAACUGCCAAUGAAACCCAGUACUUGGCAAUUUUGCAGAACAAUCCCUACUCUUUCCCAAUGCCUGCAGUAGGAGCCCCUCCAAAUUAUAGACCCAGUCCUCAUGCCCAAGCCAUGCCUCUGUUCAAUGGCUCGUUCUAUUCUUCACAGAUGAUACACCCAUCUCAAGUUCCACAACAACCCCAGCAAGCUACUCCACCAACUCAAGCUCAAAAUCAUCGCCCUUCUCAGUCCCAUCAAACCCACCAGAACAGUAGCGGUUCCACAUCAUCAUCACACAAACAUUUGCAAGCUCAACAGCGGCAGCAAGGGAGUGGUGCUACCGCUGUAAAUGGUAGUGGCAGUGGGAACGCUGGGAGUUUGCACAACAGCUAUCAUGCUGCUGCCCAUAAAAGCCGAUCGCAACAAUCUUCUCAGCAGCAGAACCAGCACAUGAACCCAGCUCUGCAAGUAAGGCAUCUCGAAAGUGAUGUGACUGGUGGUGAGGAUAGUCCUUCGACUGCUGAUAGUAGAGUCUCGCGGGCAGCAAACACAAUGAGUGUUUACAGUCAUAAUUUUUCUAUGCCGGGUCAUUCUAAAGCAUUUCCUCAGAUGGACCACCCUAACGGUGCACUGACCAAGGCCACUGGUGCUGGCGUGACCGCCAGUGCCAACUCAAGUGACAAGAAACAACAGCAACAGCCGUCACAACAGCAACAACCGUCACAACAGCAAGGGUUAAAAAGGGGCGGUGCUGAGUCAUCUCUUCCACCUCAGACUUUUGCAAUGUCUUUUGCUGCUCCUAUGAAUGGCACUACUGGUAACAUAUCUUCUAUGGCUCAGAACCAUGCCAUUUUCCAAAGCUUGCCGGAAUCGUUACGACAAAGUUAUAUGAUGGCAGCACCUACGGCAGCAGCCCACCAAUCUCAACAGAAAGAUUUUAGAAUAUCUGAAGAGGCUGCUAGAACCGGUCAUGAUUCUUCCAAUGCUGACGAGGACAGAAAGGUCAGUUCAGGGUUGACCGCAAAAUCCGGUCAGUCUAUUGCAUUUUCUAGACCAGAUCUUGUUGCAGAUGCAUCUGGUUCUAAUAAUCGGUCAUCUCGAUCUCCCAUCUCAACCUCUAUGGGAGCAGCUGCUCAGUCUUCUCAUCCCUUACAUGCUCAUUAUCAACCGCAGCAAUAUGCCCUUCAGCUUCAGAAGCAGCAACAACAGAACCAGAACAUGAAUAAUGCUCGAGGUAAGAAUCAACCGCCAAGCAAUGGAAGUGCAUACCCAGAGCAUUUAAUAACUUCAUCUUCUUCAAUGGCUGCCAAGUUCCCAAACUCCAUCUCAUCUUUUCCACUCCAAACCAGCAACACCAGUAGCUCGCCGGUUCAAUCUCCUCAGUGGAGAAACCCAGCGAGAGGCCCAACCACCGCUCAAGUUCCAUCUUCUCAUGCUUCAGCAACAACCACAUCUUCCCUCAAGAACAACCUUCACCAAUCCCAACAACAGUCGAGUAGGUCCCACCCACAAUCACAUACACAGAUUUCUUUCGGUGCAACCGCAAGUCCGAAACUGCAAUCCACCACGUCUGUACAGAUGCAGCAGCAGCAGCAACAGAAUCAAAACCCCAGUAGUAACAGUGGUAAUCAGUCCCCUUCUCCUCCAAUGCUGGUCGGCUCUCCUACAACUUCCAUAUCUAAAGGCAGUGGUGGUGGUGGAAGCCCUAGAACAAAUGCGUCAGCAUCCACUAGUGGUAGAACAGGUCAAGCGUCUUCUUUGUCCUCAUCUCAACCGGCUAAGAACCCUCCUGUAGGAACCCAGAGAUCAUCAUCACCUUCCAUUCUUGGUAACCCUAACAACUCGAAUUCUACUAAAUCACAACAGCUUCAACAGAAGCAAACAUUACAUCAGCAGAAAGUCCAGGCAAUGAUGAUGUACGGUCAACCUUACAUGCAAGUUCAGCAACAUACUCAAGCUCAACAACAUGGUGCCAGCUCAAUGCCACCAGCCCAGAUGAUGAUGUACACUCAUCCUAUUAGAUUACAGCAGCAGUCGUCACAGCAAUCAUCAUCUUCAACAGCCAUGCUGUCGCUUUGCCCACCCGUGACGCAUGCAAAUACCACCACUUCCGACCCUGCCAAAGCAAUUGCUGCAGCCACUAGUAUGAUGAACCACCCUCAGUAUGGCGCUGCAGCUGCACAGUCGCAAAUGCCUGCUGGUUUCCCUCCGUAUGUUCACAACGCCUCUGCUGCAGCUUCAGUUCAGGUCAAACCUACAGAGCAAAAACAACCGGCCGGAAAUGACAGUUUGCGUGUGUCGCAGCCUGAGAAGAAAUAGAAGUUAUACACAUGCGGCUGUGCUGGUUUGACGGGUCGGUCUCAUCCUGUCCGAAGAAGUUGAGAAAGUUACGGGUCAAAAGCUGAUCUCAUCCUCUGAAGAAUGAGAAGUUACGGGUCAAAGUUUUUGAUGGGAUCGCGGGGCCGAAAACCUUCAUGCUCUUGAAAUUUUGCUAUAAAUGAUGUUUUUAAAGGGGGGGUUGGGUUGGUGGACGAAGAAGUUAGGUGCUUCUUUGUGUUUAGGUUUUAGUCCUUAUCUUGGGGAUUUCUUUUUGGUGAAUUAUCUCCGUUGGAAGGGUUUAUAUUAUCAUAUAUUAUUCAGGCACAUAAAAAAGAGUUAACCCUUUGAUUUUAUAUGUUUAGUAUUUUGGUUGAUGCCUUUUUAUGUUUCAUUUUCGAAUCUUGUGGUGAAUAUUGAUGCAUGUGAUGUUGCUCUU